AUGUAUCGUCCUUCAGGUGGUCAAAAGGGCGAGAUCCCCGAUGCCACAUCAACCUCGAGUGUUUCGCGGACGCUGCAGCAGUUUCGAGCCCAGAGCGUAGGCGUUCCUAUCCGCACAGAGACUCCGCCACGCCUGUGGCCGACGGUUGUCCUAAGGGCUGGACGAGAGGAAACUUCGCGCCCUGUAGCCAUACCAACACCCCCAACGCAGACCAGGACCCUCAACAGGAACCAGAAGAUGUAUGCAGUUCGCUCUCAGCCUUCGAUGCCCAGGUUUGAGCAGUCCAGCUCAGAGACCACCAAUUCGCCUCGAGAGGCAAGCCCAGAUCUCUCCCAAGGGUCGCCACCAGGAGGUGUGCCGUUGCCUGCACCUCUGCACAUCAUCCAUGCCGUUACAGAAUCGCAGGAGAAGCGAGAUGUUGGUGCUGGCACUCUCACUAUGGUUGUGAGUGAAGGGCAGGACCAAGCUGCUGAGAUUCCCUCCUUGGCCGCGCAAGAGAACGAAAGAUCAACUGAACUUCCGAAAUUUGAAGCGCCACUUAGCCCAGGGCCUUUCAAACUGCCCGCCGUCGUGGCUGCUGUGGACAAAUGGCAACUGGAUGACUGGAAGCCGCCCAUCAUCACCUACUUCAAGCUUUCUCGGGAUCCAGCCAUGGAUCAAUGUGAUAUCGACACGGAUACCGGAGAGCUCAUGAAACCCCUCAAGCACAUUAGGAUCAAGACGGAGGACAGAACAAUCACCCAUAAUAUGGGAGAUCCCGAGUGGCGAAGGUGGAACAUGACAUCGGAGAUGUACAUUUCCAGGGAGCUCGCUCGUCGCGAGAAACUCAAGGAAGAGGUCCUUGGCCAGCUAAAGCAAGAAGAGGUAUCACAGCUGCCGGAAGAAGAACCCUGGCCCGACGCCCGAUGUACUUUACGACCCGCAGUCCCCGAGGACUGCGCCCAGAUUGCUCAGAUUGUCAACCUGGAGAUUCAGAAGGAAGGCCACUCGCAGAUCCUUCUUCCUCAGCCUGUCACGGCUUCGGAUAUCCGGGCUGUUUAUGACACCUGUUUGCGCGGCCUGCGGCCUUUCAUCGUGGCGGUUCCCUCGCAGAGCGAGUUCCUGGACCGAUCCAAAUGGCCAAAGGGGGCAGAGCAAGAGUACCAGGAAUUCCUGAAGUUCAAGAAGGCUCAAGAGCCAUCCAAGCCUGCAGUCAUCCUUGGGUUCGCCUUUGUCACCGAUACUCGACAGGGUUUCCUUGGUCACAUGUGUCCUGCAUCCAGACUCACAGGGCAGAUCAAACUGGCAGUCCACCCUGAGCAUCGAAGAAAGCUGAUCGGAACCGCACUUCUUGACCGGAUUCUGGCUUCUGUGACGAUAGGCCACCACAGUCUGGUCGACUUCAAGUGGGAGUGUUCAAACCCCAAUUCCAUGUACGAGUACCCUGCCGACAGGAACCGCCGACAGUAUGCGAGAGUCUACGUUGAGACAUUCUUCACCGGAGAAGAUGACCCGAGCCUUGUUUGGAUGACGGGCAUGCUGGAGAAGUUUGACUUCAAGCGAGUUGGUCUUUUCAAGGAGACUGCCAAGAGAGGAACCCGCGGCGGCGAGUGGCUGGACCUGGUUGUGUGGGAGUUGGAAGUCCGUUCCGCCGAGGAGCUUGCUAACUACUGA